CACUGAUAAUUUUUGAAAGUAUUGAAUAGGAUCAACAGAUGAUGGCCUAUAUAUGCAUUCUUUCUCUGAAUGGGUAUAUAAAUGAAAUAGUUCAAGUACGAUUCUCGAUUAGUCUUUGAGGAGGUCAUCAUGAAUACCGUCGUCAAAUUCUGUCUACUGUUGACUGCUCUGACCGAGGUCAGGUGUCAGCUGUCAGCUCCAGCCAAUGUAUACGGGCCACCAUCAGCAGGGCCAGCUGCCUCAUUCGCCCCUCCACCGUCCUUUGGCGGUGCUCCAAGUUUUGCACCAGCAGCAUCUGGGUCGUUCGCAGGUGCUCCAGUCGGAGUUGACUCCAAUGCUGGAGCUGGAGCCGGAGGUGGCUCUGCUGGAUUUGGGUCAUCAGGUCCAGUUGGGGGUGGAUCAGGUGGAUUUGGGUCAUCGGGUUCAGUUGGGGGAGGAUCAGGUGGAUUUGGGUCAUCAGGUCCAGUUGGGGGUGGAUCGGGUGGAUUUGGGUCAUCAGGUCCAGUUGGGGGUGGAUCGGGUGGAUUUGGGUCAUCAGGUCCAGUUGGGGGUGGAUCGGGUGGAUUUGGGUCAUCAGGUCCAGUUGGGGGUGGAUCAGGUGGAUUUGGGUCAUCAGGUCCAGUUGGGGUUGGAUCGAGUGGAUUUGGGUCGUCAGGUUCAGCUGGGGGUGGAUCGAGUGGAUUUGGGUCAUCAGGUUCAGCUGGGAGUGGAUCGGGUGGUUUUGCUGCAUCAAGUCCUGGAUUUGGUGUAGCUUUUGCUCCAGGAGUUGUUGGCGUAUCAUCUUUUGCUCCAGCAGCAGCUGGUGGGUUCGCUCCAGCUCCUGGUCCAGGAUUUGCUGCCGCUCCAGCAGGUGCUUUUGCUCCAGCAGGUGGAUUUGCUCCACCACCAGGCCCAGGAUUUGCUCCACCAGUUGGUCCCGCAUUCGCCCCAGCUGGCCCCUUUGCUGUUGCAUCCCCUGUAUCAGCUGCCCCUGUUUUUGGACCCCCUGCUGGUCCUGCUUUUGGACCUCCAGUUCCUCCCUCACCAACCUAUGGACCUCCUCAGUCUCUGGCACGGUUUUUCAGAAAAUAGAGAGCCCAGUGCAGCAUUCAUAUGGGUGUCGAUUGAAGAGAGAGUCUCAAUCCAGGAUUUUCAUCAGGAUCGAUGUCAAUCUUUUGUGACAUCCUUGUGGAAGGAAGGAAUGGCUCUUGUUCGAGGAGAAGAAUUUUAAUGGGAUAGAGACUUAUUUUUGUAAUAAUAUACUUAAUACUAAAUGAAUUGAUAUGCUAUUUGUAGAUAUAAAUUUGUAGAAUUUCACUUUUUGAUACUGACAGUGGAUUUUGUAACAAUAAACUUGAUUAAUAUUG